UGUAAACAAACUAAACAUGUGAUUGCAGGACCUUUUAUCUUGUACAAAUUAACUGAUCAUGAUAUAUCAAUAUUGUCACGCAAGGGGUUUAUUUUAAUUAUAACAAGAGCAGAAUAAUUUAGCAGAUUAAGUUUUAAUUCAUUUAAAAACAACACCACACAACUCUGCUGAACAGAAUUGAUAAAGCACACUUACCAGAUUAUGCAGUCAGACCCCACCAUAAUGAAAGCAGCUGUAGGGGACACGACCCUGACUCAGGAUAACAAAGUGUCUAACCAGGACAACACUUCAGAUGCCUUAUUUGAGAAACUGUACCAUUAUGACUUCCAUGAGAACAAGAAAUUUAUGGAUGGUUGGAGAAAGGUCAAAGAAGCAAUUCCUCCACAGAAAAUGAAAGAGUCUUUCAUCAAAGCUCAAGUUUUCUUUUUUUCAAGAGAAUUGGAACCAGUCGAUUAUCAGAAGUAUUGCAAAUGGCUAGAGGAUAAUGAAAGAAAUGUAGAAGAAACUGCUUCUUACAAAACAUGUAUGGAAGAGAAUACAAGUUUAGCAGAUGUUACGAAACCAAAAACUAAUGACACAAGUAGCAACAAGGAAGACAUUGAGGGUGAAGUUAUGGAGCCAAAACAUCCAGAAAACUUUCUUGAGUUGGUAGAAAUGAUUCAGAAGGGGAUUAAACUGCCUGGUACUGAGGAAUUAGACAUACAGCCCCUGAAUGUGGAGCCCACACCCAGUGAUAAACUGCCACCAGCGAAACCGUGGGAAGUGGAUCUUCAGACUUGACAAGUUUUUUAUCAGUUAAUUACCAAUGUCCAUGUUAGAACAAUGUGCUAACUUUGAUAUCUUGUCUGACAUGAGAAAAUUAUGUUAUAUACAUGAAUACAGGCUCAUGGUUUCAAGUGAAAUAGUUAUCACUUAUUUUAAAGAGUGGAUGUAGCAUGUAGCAGACACUUGAAUGUGAAUUUCGCUACACGAUUAUGUAGUUGUGCAAAUCUAUUGAUGAAGUACUAUGGUAUAGAUAAUUGGGUUAAAUCUUGCCACACAGUUGCUGUCUUGUUAUUGUUCUAUGUUUUUGACUUGUAUUCACGAAACUUUACAUUGGCACUGCUCAAAAUUGUUUACAUGAACAUACAUGAACAUUGACUAUCCAUUGUUCUUAUAGUUUAAAGAAGAAAGAUGAUAGUCCUGGUUGGUGUUAAUCAAGGUUUAGGUGAAGCUGGUACCAUGCCCCAUGUUUAUGAAUAGUCACAAACUUGCAAUUUUAGACCCAUAUCUACAACAAAGACAGUUUUAGCUAGAGGGUUAUAGAAAAGUGCUUCACCGUGCCAUUAAAACUUGUACUAUGGUUAUAAAAUAGAAAUGUAUACAAAAUUUAACAUAUUUUGUUGUUGAAACCUUAAAUUACAUUUGUUAAACACAAUUCCUAAUAUUUUCUGUUAAAUAUCAUUAUGUUCAUUGUCUUCAUGGCCAAAUACAAUACAGUGCCCCUUUUCCCCUAAGCAACCUGUCCCUUUUUUGCUGCACUCUGCCCUUCUGAAACCCUUGCUUAAACUUUUAACUUUCAUUCUAGAAUUGAAAAUUUUAAACCUAUAGAUUCUAUUAAUUUACAAAUUAUUUUAAAUGCUAGAAAAUGAUGUCAUGAAUAUUUACCUUUGCGAAAUCGACCAAUACCAAUACUGAUACUUAAAAUUCACAAAAAAGGAACCUUGCCAAAAAUAAAACAAUCUGAAAGUUAAAAAAAAGUUAUCUCCUGCAAACAAGAGGUUCAUGACUAUAAGUACCUUCCAUGGCCGAGAGACAUAGGUUUAUCCCAACCCACCUCAGUUAAACAAAAUUAAGUAAAAAUGUAUAUUUGUGGAACUCUUUUGUGCGUAGUGAUAAUAAAUGCGAUAUGUGAUAAUUCGUGUUUGUCAUGGAUAUGCGUGCAGUGAUUCAGAUUAUGUUAAUAGUCACAUCAGUCUUUAAAUAGUUCUGAGGAGAGUGAAGCAUUAUUUCUUGCCACAAGACAAGGUUUCUAUGAUGCUACAGA